AUGCUGCGCAAGUGGUGGGUGGCCGCCUACGCCACGUUCUACGCCUACCUACCGGAGCUGAGCGUGAACACGGCACACUCCGUGGCGAAGUACGCCUCCGUGUCCAAGGACGCCGCCAUGCCGAGUCGACGACGCGCAGGCGAAGUGCUUCACGUGGCUUUCCUGAUCUGCAAAGUGCUGCUCGCGCUGGCGUUCUUCGUGCCCAUGUGCACCUACGAUCUACUGGAGUACGUGUCGUUGGGAGUGCCAGGCGAGGCCUUCGUCCUCAUCACAGCUAACCUGCUGAACUCCUACUUCGCGUAG